AUGCAGCUGUAUACUGUCACACUUUUGUUCGCAGCGCUGCUGGCUGCGCUGCCUAAUUGUUUUGCCGUUGUCCAUGGCAUCCACCCGCUGAGCAAUCGUUACGAUACAUCGCAAGCGAAUAGAGAUGGCAAUACAGAUGGCUAUCGCUAUAACGGCCCCGCACACAAAUAUCUGCCGGCUGCAAGUGCGCCAACUACCGAGGCGAUCAUCACCACCGGCCACUGGCAGCCCAAUCCUCCCCCCCAGCCUUUGCUGCAGCAACAAUUGCCGCUCUAUGAGCACACGUUCAACACUAAGCCAGCAACACAGCUGCAGCAACAGCAACAGUCGAGCUUUAAGGGUCCCUACAACAUGCAGUACUAUGAGCAACAGCAACCACAGCAACAUUCGGGCAAUAGCUGGCGAGACCAACCACACGAAUUGCAGCAACAGCAACAGCAACACUGGCAGCAACAGCAAUCAACGAAACUGCAGCAAUUGCCGGGCCAUAAUGAACAACUUCUGAGCAGCAGAUGGCAACAGCAACAGCAACAACAAUUGCCUAGCAAUGCUUGGCAGCAAUCUCAGAAGCAGCAGCCACAUGAACAACAGAAGCAGCAACAAGUUUUCACUAGCAAUACCUGGCAGCAAUCUCAGAAGCAGCAGCAACCAGAACUUUCCAACAACAGCUGGCGCGGGGAACAACAACAGAAGCAACUGGAACAGCAGCAGCAACUCUUCUCUGGCAAUGCCUGGCAGCAACCUCAAAAGCAGCAACAAGAUGCAAGCAACAGUUGGCGUGAGGAGCAAGCUCAGAAGCAGCAGCAACCUACCGACAACAGCUGGCGCGAGGAGCAACAGCAAAAGCAGAAACAGCAACAACUCUUCCCUAGCAAUGCCUGGCAGCAAUCUCAGAAGCAGCAACUCUCUGAAAGCAACUGGCGCGAGGAGCAACAAGAGAAGCAGCAACAGCAGCCUAGCAAUGCCUGGCAGCAGCCACAACCUGCCGACAACAGCUGGCGUGAGCAGCAACAUCAGAAGCAACAACAGCAUCAGCAAAUCUUGAGCAACUCGUGGCAGCAGCAACCACAGCAACCCAGCAGCUCGUGGCAAGAGGCAAGCCGACAACAAGUGCAGCAACAGUUGCAGCAACAGCUCGCUCAGCACGACAGCAACAUACUGCAUACAUUUCCGUUUGCCGGGCGUGAUAAGAUUGCUGCUGCUGUUGCAACAAUGGCUGAGUCUGGUGCGUCUUUUGGUCUACCUUCUCCUCCGCACGGCUCUCGCUAUGUGGCGUCUGAGCUGCGAGUUCCUCAACAGCUGAUGACCACUCAGGCGCUGCCCGAUCCCCAGCAGCAGCAACCAUUCGCAGGCUACGAGCAACUGCUGGGCGGAUCCUCCUCUGCUCACUAUGUCCAGAUGCAAUCGAAUUCCUACGAGUUGCCGAGUUCCUCCUACAGCAGCUUGCGUGAUGAUGAGCAGCUGCUCCACGGACAUCCUCAUUACAGCAUUCCCUCUCCCAAUCACAUUGGCUCCUCAUCCUCAUCCUCAUCUUCCUCAUCAUCAUCAUCUUCCUCAUCCUCUUCCUUGUCUUCCUCGCCCAUGGUAUUUCAGCCAAGCCGCGAAUUUGAAGCGCCUUAUUACUAA